UCCGACGCCAACUUCGCGAAGUCGUAUACGUGCAUACAUAGCUGAGAGCUGUCGGGCUGUGGAAGUCGAGUGGUAGCGCUCGCGCGCCUGUCUGUGUGCGCGCCGCAUGAAUAAGUGUCGCGAGUGUGUCGGUUUUGCGCGUGCGACUGUGUUGGCGGGAGAGUAGUGCGGGGAUCGGUCGGCAGUGGCGCCAGUGGAGUCCCACGGCGCACUCCCAGCCAGACUUCGUGCGGCCGUAGCGCCAUCGAGUAUCGCUAUCGCUGUUGGUUGGUCUCUGGGUGUACGUCGCCGUGGCCCGCGGAGCGCCGAUCAGACGACAGUUUGCCCUCUGUGCCUGGACAGGGUGGGUGUGAUUCUGGUCGUUCUUGCGUCGUUACGCGUUAUCGUGCUCCGUAUCGCGUCAAAGGACGCGAGCUUUGUUUCCAACUCAGAGUUUCUUUCGACAGUCGCGUGUACUCGCUGUCACCGGAGACGUCGCGAGUCAAGUGGCCAACACACGACUCGCCUCUGUCCACGUUUUCCUCGUAGUACCAAUUCCCCCCUUGAUUCGGGACUAUUGUUUCUCAUCGCGGUAAUUGCUCAUACGUGCUCGAACACGACACAUGAGGAACGUUGACGGAGUGCUAAACGAGGAAGUAAGCAGCAGAACCGGCGACGACUCGAGGAAUGACCACCACAUGAUCGUUUACGUUUUUACAUCUCCUGCGUCGAGGCGCGAUAUGACGCGAUGAUCUUCGAGGUGUCGGUUGCACACGUCUUGACUGCGUUACGCAUGAAUUCUUUCCGUUCUCUGGCCUGCUAAUCGUUAGUGUGUUCGGUGUGAGAGCGAAGUGUUCGAAUUAAAGUAGCGGAGGGCAAAGAGAAGAAUAGUUGCUUUGUUUGUUCCGCUCGUCGCACGGGAAGUCAUGGGUGAUGUGUGCAGGCUAGUUAGUGACCAGCUCGCGGAGGAUACAGCCGCGGACAGAAGAAAAACCGACUCGACCGCACAGCUCUCCAAGGGUGUACCAGCCGCGAGAGGAAGCGGGGAGACCGUCGCUACGAUAAGGCAAACCGUCGUCAAACUCACGGUGGGAGACAUUCCGCGGGAGAUUCUUCUUUCGCCUGAUUCUCCUUUAGUUGGGAGACAGACGACGCGGGGCGUUCGGGGAUCACGGGCGGAGAAACGAGUCUGGUGAGUCAAGAGAUCCCUAACUUGGACGAAACCAUAGCUAAUAUUCAAAGAUAUUUCUCGAGACAGAUGAAUCAUCGCGACUCAUCGGCGCAGAACUCGGCAGCCGAUUCGCCGGCAGCUUCGACACGGUUUUCUUUAAGAAGCGUUGGACAGUACUUGCAGCUACCUUACACCCGGAAUUCAAAGCUACACGCGCCCGCAUCCUGCAGAAUAAACACAGAAAGUCGAACCGAGGCAACAGGGAUGAAAGGAUUUCUUCGACUGUGUCGAGAAAGGGAACAUCGAGACGGCCGUCGGGAACAUCAGAACAUCCCCAGGACGCCGCGGCGCAGCGCAGCGGCAUCGACUGCGGUGUUCCACCUGCUGAUCCUGGCUGGUUCGUUCGCUUUCGGCGCGGCCACGUUCUGUCCGAACGGUUGCAUCUGCGACGACGAUAACCUGGUGGUGUCCUGCAUAGGAGCGAAUCUGGACGUCAUACCGAUCGCCCUGAACCCGAGCAUCCAGCGCAUAGUGCUAAAGGAGAAUCGGAUAAAGGCGGUGGAGGCGGCGGCGUUUCAGUUCUACGGCAACCUAAAGAACGUCGAUCUCUCGAGCAAUCACCUCUUCACCAUUCCCAACGGGAGCUUCGAGGCGCAGAAGCAAUUAGUCGAGCUGCAUCUCAGGCACAACAAAAUCUCGGCGUUGACCGAGAAGACGUUUCAAGGUUUAAAGUCACUGACGGUGUUGAAUCUGCGCGACAACUACUUGGAAAGCCUGAAGAACGGGCUGUUUGCGUCGCUGUCGAAGUUGGAAGAGCUCGAUCUGGGGAAGAACCGUAUAUCGACAGUAGAGCCAGGUGCUUUCCAGAAAUUGGGUUCGCUCAGAGUCCUCCAUCUCGACGAUAAUCAGCUGAGGACUAUCCCAUCGCCUGCUCUAGCGCCUUUGAACGCCCUGGCGGAGCUGCAUAUAGGUUGGAACGCGUUCUCCACGCUACCGAACGACGCGUUCAAGGGUUUGGAACAGCUGACCGUGUUGGAUAUCACUGGGGCGGGUCUGGACGUCAUAGGGGAUGGUGCUUUCCGCGGUUUGAACGCGCUGAGAACGUUGGAACUGGAUGGGAACAAGCUGCGAGAAGUUCCGACGAAACAGCUGGCCGUACUGCCUCGACUCGAGGAACUCACCUUGGGCCAGAACUUUUUCACUACUCUGAGGUCUGGCGCUUUUCAAGGCCUCCCAAAGUUGAAGAAACUCGACAUAUCCGCGGCGAAGCUACUAACCACGGUGGAACAUGGAGCGUUUUCUGAUAACGCCAAUCUGGAGACUCUUGUGUUGAACAGCAACAAGAGACUGACUACAAUGGAGGACGGGUCCCUGGCCGGUUUACCGAACUUGAGGCAUUUAAUGCUUCGCGACAACGCUUUCACCGGAUUCUCGGAGUCCCUGGUGGCCUGGAACGAGCUACGUCGACUGGAUUUAAGCGAGAAUCCGAUGGUCUGCGACUGCAGCCUGAUCUGGUUAGCGGAGGUGCUUGUUCCAAGGAACUCUAGCCCCGUGAUAUGCGCGGAACCGCCAGAAUCGAAGGGAAAACCCAUAAAGGGCAUGACGCCAGACGAGCUAGGCUGCGCCUUCUCCGAUCCCAGGAAACAAGCUUUGUUAGCGACGCUCUGCGCCGCUGGUCUCGCCUUUCUCACCGCGCUGGCGUUGAUACUCUACUACAGGUGUCGCAGACGCGUCAGGGACGCCCUGAAAGACUACAAGUGGAAGAAUCGCGCGAUCUCCCGCAAGGAGCACGAGUACCAGAAGACCUUCUCGGACGACGAGUACAUCGUCAGGUCCGCGCAUCCCCAUCACCAUCACCACCACCAUCAGCCCCAGUCGCAGCCUAUACCGACCCACCACCACCACCAUCAUCUUCAGCAGCAGCAACAGCAGCAGCAACAACACUCCCAGAUAGCGACUGGCAUCAAACCGAUACCUGUGACGGAGCUGUAG